UAUCAUUUGGUUUUAGCCGUAAUUGUAUUCACAAUUCAACUCAAAUCCGUGAAUGGUUUGUCGUGUUAUGUCUGCAAUUCAGUGACCGAUAAGGACUGCACUGACAUAUCGGCGCCCAAUAGUGACCGCUAUGUCAUGAAGUGUGCGGAGAGAGCGGCCAAACGGAUGGCCAAUUUUACAGACGCCCUCUCAGCCAAUCAACUCCCGCAACCCAUCAACUCUUCGGACACUAACACAACAUUCUUCGCCAGCUGUCAGUUCUGUAAGGCUUACACUUCAGCCCCAGAACACAAACAGUGCUCUAAACUGGUAUACAAAGUCGGAAACUCCUUGGGACACAAAGUGGAGGCAGUGGUGCGAGACUGCGGAGGACUGGUCAGUGAGGGUCGGAUCGGUUGCUUUAAAGUGAGACACUCUGACAGUGCACUCAAGUCGGAGAUCUGUCACUGCAAUCAACUUAAUUGCAACUCAAGUCACCGAAGAGUACAUCAAAACCACUUUUGGCUCAAUUAUCUGCUUUCGGCCGUCAUUUCAAUCAAUUUUAUCUUUAAUUUCGUCUAA